CUGACAUAAGACAUGUGCAAACGUCUCACGUUCCAUCCGCGUGGCUCGGAUUUUAGGUCGGCACGGAGGCAGGGAAGUGGAUAUUGACGAUUAUUUGUGGGGAAAAAAGGGACGAGGAAUGGUCCAUCCGGUUCAGCCGCUUGCCUGCAGGCACGAGUGGGAAGGAAACGCCAUUAGUACCGCCCCCAGUAAAACUCCGGGAAGGAAUCUGUUGCUAAAUGUUACACCAUGCAAAUGCAACUUCUCAUUCCAUUGACUUCUUGGAUUUUGGAGGGCUAACGCCAGAUUAUAUCUUGGAUUGGGCCCUGCCUUGACCCUUUUUGUCCAUGCAUGUGAGAAGUAUUUGGCAAGCCAUUAAUUUAUGCCAGGACCUACAUGUGUGGCAUUCUCUGCUGCAUCAUCAGGUCCUCUGACCAGAAAAGUAUUGAUGAUAUUAUUUCAAGAUUGCAGUCCCUGCAGGAUGACUUGGAGAGACGUGGUCCUGACUCACAUAAUGCAAUCUUGUGUCCUUUGGGAGAAAAUCUAUGGCUGUUCAUGUACAGCACAGUGCUUUGGCUUCAGGGGUCUCAUGUAUGCUCUCAGCCUCUCAAAGAUGAGAAGGAGAACCUCCUCCAAUGGAAUGGAGACAUUUACUAUGCCAAUCUUCAUUUACAUCCCUGGGAAGGUUUAGAGUUGUCUAAGUCUGACAUAGAAGAAUUGUCAUUUAGAGUGGAGGAAAAGUGCAUUCCACAGCAUAUCAAGAAUGAUUUGAAUCGAGACAUCCCCAUGCCUGAAAGACUUCCAACAAUUCAUCCCUCUGAUGUUGUCUUCUCACAGUUAUUAGCUGAUCCACUAUUUAUUUCUGCUGUUGAGAAUUUGGAGACCCUCUUGAAAAUGGCAGUGAGUGUUCGGGCAAGAACCCACCCAGGAGUCUGCAAAAAUUGCUUAGAGCUCCAAGAAUGCACACAUACAAAAGUGGCGAUAUUGUUUUCUGGAGGAGUGGACUCGGGUGUUUUGGCAUCUCUUUGCCAUGAAUUUGUUGGUAAUAAUGAGACAAUAGACUUGAUCAAUGUUGCUUUCCACCAGAAAAACUCAGAUGAAGCUAAUGCAGUACCUGAUCGAAUUACUGGCCUAUCAUGUUUCCAGGAACUCGAGAAAAUCCAUCCAGGAAGAUGGAAUUUUGUCAAGGUAGAUGUGGACAAGGAGAGACUAGUUGACAAGAGAAAGUCACAUGUUCGCCACCUCAUUUAUCCUUGCAACACAGUGUUAGAUGAUGGCAUAGGCUGUGCACUCUGGUUUGCAGGCCUUGGUGAGGGUGUGCUUCUCAACGGAGAAUCAUACAAAUCCCCUGCUCGGGUGCUGAUGGUGGGGAUGGGAGCAGACGAGCAACUGUGUGGGUACUCUCGUCACCGGGAGAGGUUCAAAUCCGACGGUUGGCUCGGUGCAAUUCAAGAGAUAGAAAAUCAGGUAACAGGAAUGUGGAAGCGAAACAUGGGUCGAGACGAUCGCAUUCUGUCCGAUCAUGGGAGACAGGCUCGCUUCCCCUAUCUAGAUUCUCGCGUCGUUUCUUUUCUUCACUCUCUUCCCGUCUGGGUGAAGGCCGAUUUCCGUCAGCCUCGUGGGAUCGGAGAAAAGAUGAUCCUCAGACUCCUGGCUCAUCGUUUGGGUCUUCACAGCACAGCUAGACUCCCCAAGAGAGCCAUUCAGUUUGGCUCACGAAUAGCAAAGUUAGAGGAUCGAAAAGAGAAGGGUAGCGAUGCUUGCCCUCGCUUAUGAUAUUCUUUCCCUAAUCCUCCCAUACCACAAUAAAGGCCAUAAAUAAUAUUAUUUUUGGUGAGGGGAGAAAACCCUUUUCUGCCUCUCCUAUUAAAAUGCAUGUUAAAAUAUGAAAGGGGCUGAGUUUGAGUGACUGAAUGAAGUGA